AAAAAUAAGGAAACAACGGAAAGCUUAUUCUCGUAUUUCUCAAGCUUUAUCAAUUGCAGAAACGUUAUUUCCAAUUUUUAUUUAUAAUUCCCAGGUGAAACAGCGCGAGACAAGGUGAGGCAACAGCGAGACAAGAGUUCUACCCGCAAUUAGUCGGCCAAAGUCGUUGACUGAUAGUCAACGAUUUUUUGGCCCGACUUUGGGGAAAAAAUCGGCAUUUCUGACGAUUCACGAUUAUUCACGAUUAAUCGCGACUCAAUAUAUGGGCUUGAUGGCAAACUUGCAACUAUCUUCCACGUGAUAAGGAGCCAUUGGACUAGAAUACAAGAAUGAAGAUUGGAGCUGGUUCUGCUUGAGGACUGGUACUUGAAUGGGCACAGGGAUAGUUAUAUUCCUGGCAUGGAAACUGUAAUUGCUACAACUAGUGGUUACAGAGGGAGAGAAAAAGCCAAGCUCAUUGAAUUAAUUAUUGAAACUGGUGCAACAUACACUGGUAGCCUCACAAAGAGCAACACACAUGUGGUUUGCUGGGAUUUUGAAGGACCUAGAUUUGCACUGGCGAAAAAACUCAGGCUAACCAUAGUUAACCAUAGGUGGUUUGAAGAAUGUUUACAGGAAGGAAGGCAUCUUACUGAGAGUCCUUAUAUUAUGUGCUGUGGUCGAGAGGUAGGGCCUUUAUUGUGGGAACCUCCUGCACGUGCAGAAGUGACUAGACAAAAAAGAAGGCCUUUGUCUGAUGACGAGGCAUUUGUAACAUCUGAUUCUUCAAUACCAAUUCUCUACAGGGAAUCUCCUUUAAAAAUGCAGGAAAUCUGCUUUAAGAGUCCCAAAAUUGCGGCAAGAUCAUCAUAUAAUAAUAAUGAAGAGGAUGAUAGGUCUAUCUCAAGGAGGAGAGAUAACCAAGUUCACAAUAAACAGCCUUUACAGGAUUUGAUCAACAAAUCAUAUAGUCAGAAGGCUCAAAUUGAAGACAGGAAUUGUUCAUCUUCAAAGCAAAAUAUGGAGAAACAAAGAAGAAAAACUCGCCGUCUAGUGAAAAAAUCAGACUAUGGUAGUAUUUUGAAUUAUGUCACACCUUUUGAGGAUGACACAGGAGAACCAAUUGGUACUUGUAAUGUUGGUGAGGAUAAGGAAAAGAGUGAUUUCAAGAACUCGGGGAUUGUACCUGAACCAAGUCAUAAGUUUUGUCCUCCAGAAGUUGGUAUUGAAGUUGUCUACUGUACAUCUACAGGAAGUAGAAAAAAUUCAAUUGAAGGGAAGACUUGUGAAUCUACAGUUGACAUGGAUAUAGAUAUAGAAGAUGUUGGGAAACCUUUGUCUCCAACACCAUCAGAUCAUAGCAUUUCUAAUGAGGUAGCAUGUCCAAUCUGUUUGACAGAAGCCAGUGAAUCGAGGGGGAUUCUACCAUGUGGCCAUCAUUUCUGCUUAGAAUGCAUUAUGAAAUGGUCUAAAAUACUGGUCUCCCAGAAAAAGAAACCACCUUGCCCCGUAUGUAAGGAAAUCUUUGGAUUUAUUUUUAAGAAUCACGCUGAUUGUCAUGAUCAAAAAAUCUAUUCUCAGACUCUCCCAGAGUUUACCAAUAAUAAUAUAUAUAUAGUUGGUGAGAAUGCUCUGGAAGAUAAUCUGCAACUCCCAGGGAAUUUACAUUGCAAUAUAUGUGGAAGUGGAGAUACAGAGGAACUUCUUCUGAAAUGCCAUCGUUGUGGAAGGAGAGCUGCACAUACAUUUUGUUUGGAUCCGCCUUUGCCUCCUGUUUCUGAUGUGCCAUGGACAUGUGCUCCUUGUAUUUCAGGAAGAAGGCUGGUUUAUGAAUUUCCUUAGGAUAUUAUCUAUAAAAGGCUUAUAAGCCCUAGCUAUAUGUCAAUGAAGCAGGUUUUAAUGGCGUAAGUUCACAAGCUUGAAGGGAAUUGUAAGCGGAAGGUCUUUGUAACACAAAUCGAUAUGCCUCGGCGUGCAUGAUGUAUGAACAUAGUCAAAUAAAUCUUAUUCAUUUCAAGACAAGUAUUUGUAAUUUUAUAUUUUCAGAACAUAGUCAAAUAAAUCUUAUUUUGAGAGUUA